AUGCUGACCCUGUGGAAUGGUAGCACCCCGCCGGAAGAACAACUGGAUGAGAUGCUCCGUGAUGCUUGCGGUGUCCCGCUUAAUCAAACGCUACUCCUUACAUUAUUCGCACAAAAGCUGAGAGGCAUCGAUACACCGGAGACGAUUAAAAAUGCUUUCCAAUGUAUGGAUAUAGACAACGCUGGAACAGUGGGUGCGGAGGAAUUGCGCGUUUGGCUCGUCACGAAGGGUGAGGAUCGGUUAACGGACACGGAAGUGGACGAAAUCUUCUCCCGGAUCACGCUCAAGGGUGGUCGGCUGGAAUACGAUGCUUUCACAAAGAUGUUCCAGAAUAUUCAGGAUGAAAAAUAG